CGAUGGCUUGGAACCGCCUUUAUUGAUGAAGGACUGUCAUUUUUUUACAUACUUCUUUAUUAUCUAUUCUAUUAUGCCAGUGUCUUCUUUAUUGACGUGGAUUUGGUCGCUUUUUUUUCAAGGCUUUGGAUUCGUGCUCUCCUCUUUUGCUUUGAGGCUGCGGUUCACCUAUCCGCCAGCCUUCACUCUCCGCUCUUUUCUUUUUUUUUUUUUUUAGGUGUUUGUCUGCUUUGCAGAUUAACCAAUCAAAUUCCACUAAUUGUCCGCUACAAAGAAUUUUUUUUGUGAUGAAAAAUUAGUUCCUUCUCUUUUCCUCUCCCUAACAUUAGCUCGACAAACAUGUCUGCCGAAAACACUUACGAGGGCGCCAUUGGUAUUGAUUUGGGUACUACUUACUCCUGCGUCGGUGUUUGGGAAUCCGAACGUGUUGAAAUCAUUGCCAACGAGCAAGGUAACCGCACCACCCCUUCGUAUGUUGCCUUCUCUGACAACGAGCGCUUGGUCGGUGAUGCUGCCAAGAACCAGGCUGCUAUGAACCCCAAGAACACCGUCUUCGAUGCCAAGCGUCUUAUCGGUCGUCGUUUCGAUGACCAAGAAGUCAAGGCCGAUAUGAAGAACUGGCCCUUCACCGUUGUUGAGAAGGAGACCAACCCUUUCAUUCAAGUCGAAUUCGAAGGUGAAACCAAGACCUACUCUCCUCAAGAGAUCUCCUCCAUGGUCUUGAUCAAGAUGAAGGAAAUCGCUGAGGCCAAGCUCGGCAAGAAGGUUGCCAAGGCUGUCAUUACUGUCCCUGCCUACUUCAACGACUCUCAACGUCAGGCUACCAAGGAUGCCGGUACCAUUUCUGGUAUGGAAGUUCUCCGUAUCAUUAACGAGCCUACUGCUGCUGCCAUUGCCUACGGUCUUGAUGCUAGCGACAAGAAGGAGAAGAACGUUCUCAUCUUCGAUUUGGGUGGUGGUACUUUCGAUGUCUCCCUCUUGACCAUCUCCGGUGGUGUUUUCGCCGUUAAGGCCACCGCUGGUGACACCCAUCUUGGUGGUGAAGAUUUCGAUAACACCCUCGUCAACCACUUUGUCCAAGAAUUCAAGCGUAAGCAGAAGAAGGACAUCUCUGGUGAUGCUCGUGCUCUCCGUCGUCUCCGCACCGCUUCCGAGCGUGCUAAGCGUACCUUGUCUUCCCUCACCCAGACCACUGUUGAGGUCGACUCUCUUUUCGAUGGUGUCGAUUUCCAGGCCAACAUCACCCGUGCCAAGUUCGAGGAGAUCAACUCCGCUCACUUCAACGGUACCAUUGACCCUGUUGCCCGUGUCCUCAAGGACUCCAAGAUCGACAAGAAGGAUGUCCACGAAGUUGUUCUUGUUGGUGGUUCCACCCGUAUCCCCAAGAUUCAAUCUCUUCUCCAAGAUUUCUUCGACGGAAAGGAGCUUAACAAGAGCAUCAACCCUGAUGAAGCUGUUGCUUACGGUGCUGCCGUUCAAGCUGCUGUCUUGACCAACCAAGCCGGUAACCAGAAGACCCAAGAUCUUCUUCUUUUGGAUGUUGUUCCCCUUUCUCUCGGUAUUGAGAUGCAAGGUGGUAUCAUGGCCACUGUUGUUCCCCGUAACACCCCCAUCCCUACCCAAAAGUCCAAGGUCUUCACCACCGCUGCUGAUAACCAGACCCAAGUUACAUUCCCCGUCUACGAAGGUGAGCGUCUCAUGACCAAGGAGAACAACCUUCUCGGUGAGUUCGAACUCUCUGGCCUUAUCCCCGCUCCCCGUGGUGUUCCUGAGCUUUUGUGUACCUUCGACAUUGAUGCCAACGGUAUCUUGAAGGUUUCCGCUCAAGACAAGGCUACUGGCCGCAAGGCUAACGUCACCAUCUCCAACUCUACCCGUCUCUCCGCUGCUGACAUCGACCGUAUGGUCAACGAUGCUGCCAAGAACGCUGAGAGCGAUAAGGAACGUGAGGCUGUUAUCUCUGCCAAGCAAGAUCUCGAGAGCUAUGUCUACCAGGUCGAGAACAACAUCACCGACCCCAACAUUUCUCUCAAGAUCCGUCGUGGUGACCGCGAGACCAUUGAGACCGCUCUUCAAGAGGCUAACGUUGAUGACCUCAAGGCUGCUCACCAGAAGCUCAAGCGUGCUGCUACCCGCGGUUUCGCCCACGUCUACAGCUCCCGCCGUUAAAUUCACACGGGAGUAUGAACUACACUUUUCAUGAGCGUGUCUCUUUUCCCGUAUCACACACCCCUAAAAAAACAGUCUGGCCAUUUUUCUGUAUAAUUCUUUCAUCCACAAUAAAAUGAAACCGUAGAGCGAUU